GAGAGAGAGAGAGAGAGAGAGAGAGAGAGAGAGAGGGAGAGAGAGCAGAGCUCCAGUCAGUGUUGUUCCUGCUGUGGAUCAGAGAGGAGAUAGGAGCAUCAUCACUGAACAACCAGCUGCAUCCAGGCCCAGCUGUAGCACCUCUCACUAUGACUAAAGAGGAGAACCUGGAGGUCCAGGAGAAAGAGAGGCACGACCGCGAGGAGCAGGAGGAGGGGAAAGUCCAGAAAGAGGAAGAGGAGGCCCUGACCGAGGAAGAGGAGGAAGAAGAGGAGGAAUAUGAGCUAGAAGAGGAGAAGGAGGGAGAGCAGAGGGCAGAGGUGGAGGAUGAGGAUGAGCAUGGAGAGGAGGAACCGGAGGAGAGAGAGGAGCAGGAAGUAGAGGAGGACCCACUGGCUCGUCAGGAAUGUGACGUCGAUCCAGAGCCUGAGCUGCUGUCGGUGUCCGAGUACCAGAGUCCAGUUCACGAGCCACGCCGACGAGCCAUGGUGCACCCCUCCGCCCAGGCCCCGCUCCCCAAAGACUACACCUUCACUUUCUUCGACCCCAACGACCCAGCCUGUUUAGAGAUUCUUCUGGAUCCUCAGACCACCAUCCCGGAGCUGUUCGCCAUCGUGCGUCAGUGGGUUCCUCAGGUGCAGCACAAGAUCGACAUCAUCGGCAGCGAGAUCCUGAAGCGUGGUUGCCAUGUGAACGACCGCGACGGUUUGACUGACAUGACGCUGCUUCACUACAGCUGUAAGGCUGGAGCGCACGGAGUUGGUGACCCGGCGGCUGCGCUCCGUCUCAGCAGCAAGCUGAUCGCUCUGGGCGCCGACGUGAGUCUGAGGAGCCGCUGGACCAACAUGAGCGCUCUCCACUAUGCUGCUUACUUUGACGUUCCGGAGCUGAUUCGAGUCCUGCUCAAAGCCGCUAAACCAAGAGUGUUGAACUCCACCUGUAGUGACUUCCAUUAUGGCACAGCCCUCCACAUCGCUGCCUCCAACCUCUGUGUGGGUGCAGUCAAAUGUCUCCUAGAGCAUGGAGCCAACCCUAUUGUUCGGAACGAUAAGGGCCAGGUUCCAGGGGAGGUGGUUCCCGACCCGAUGGACAUGACUCUGGAUAAGGCAGAGGCAGCCAUGGCAGCUAAGGAGCUGAAGCAGUUACUUCUGGACGCUGUCCCCCUGAGCUGCAACCUCCCCAGAGCAACACUGCCCAACUACGACAACAUCCCAGGAAACUUGAUGCUGACCUCGCUGGGGCUGAAGCUGGGGGAGCGUGUGAUGCUGGACGACAUGAAGCUCCAGAGAGACCAGAGCAGAGACGACAACCCGCCUGCAAACCUCCGACAGUCCGGCACUCUGAGGUUUUGUGGCACGACAGAGUUCGCCAGCGGCCAGUGGGUUGGAGUGGAGCUCGACGAGCCAGAGGGAAAGAACGAUGGCAGUGUGGGCGGCGUCCGCUACUUCAUCUGCCCUCCUAAACUAGGCAUUUUUGCACCAGUGUCAAAGAUUUCCAAAGCUGUGGAUCAGGCACCUUCGUCUGUCACCUCCACCCCCAGAACCCCCCGUAUGGACCUGGCCUCUCGCCUCACCCGGAAGACCAAGAAGGAGAAAGAGAAGAAGGAGAAGCCAAGAGCGAAAGCCCAGAAGAAGAAGUUGUCAGUAGCAAGUCUGGAUCCAGAAGGAAUGAAUGUGGAAGUUGGAGACCAGGUUCUGGUGGCCGGACAGAAACACGGCAUUGUGCGCUACUAUGGGAAGACUGACUUCGCCCCAGGUUACUGGUUCGGUAUCGAGUUGGACCAGGCCACAGGAAAACACGACGGCUCGGUGUUUGGAGUCCGCUACUUCAACUGCCUGCCGAAAUAUGGAGUGUUUGCUCCGCCCUCCCGGGUCCAGAGAAUUGGAGGCCCUAAAGAAGGCUUCCACAAUGACAACUCCAUGAUGAAGAAAGUCCACCAAGUCACCAUGUCACAGCCAAAGCGUAACUUCAACACGAUGCGUUCCCCUAAAGACCUAACGUCUGAGAACUCCAUAUCCAGGUUGCUGUUCUGCUGUUGGUUUCCGUGGAUGCUUCGGGCUGAGAUGCAGUCCUAAUUACUCCCUCCUUCUUCCUACCCUGCUUUUCCCCCUGACCGAUUUCACCACUCUUCUCGAUCUUCAUUGUUACUUAAGCGUUCCUCCCUCUCAGCCUCUUCAGACGUUCACUGUCAGCCAGACUUCUCGUGAUGAAACCCCCACCCCUCUUCUCUUUUACUCACCCUGAAUCCCUCUAAUUUAGCCGUUCUAUAGCAAAAUCUAUAGUGCCUUGUAUCUGAUUAAAAUGUCCUACAAUCCUUUCAUGAGCUAAUGCAAUCGCCCUAAUAUAUUCUCUUUACACCUCCCAUCAUUUUGUCAUUGUCAUCACAUUGUGAUAUUGCAUGUUUUGCUUUUGCUGCUAAGUCAUUUGGGUCUCAACAAAUUUCGUGGUUGGCACCAGCUGUAGUUUACAGUUAAUGAAAUGUAAUUAAUGCUUAUGCUUUGACCCGUUGUUGUACAGUAACAUCAAUGACGUUUGCCAAACAAAUUCCACAAUCGCACAUCACUCUGAGAGUUGAGAGCCAAUUGAACUGCCGUGGCAGUUGCGAAAGUGCUAUUAGACGCGUUAAUCUUCGCAUCUGCGGGAUGUGGGAAACUCUUGGGUCACUUGAGAGUUAUCAAGAAACAAAUUGUGUGGCGUUUUGUUCUGCACAGCUCAGAGCGUGUGAAGCUAUGCUGGAUCUAGAUGUGGCUGCUGCUUGCCUCUCCUGAGACAAAGACAUCAACCCUAGAAACCAUUAUAAUUCUAAACAGUGUGUGUCGUCACCUGCAUGCUUCAAUCUCAGAUGUUAAACUGAAAACAGGGUUAUUCCAUUUUUUUGUGUUUUAUCAGUGUUACAAUCAUAUUUUUUUAUCGUUCAAAUGUAUGCAAAAAGUGUAAUGUAACCAUAGUUCAUAGUCUCUUUGAAAUAUGUCCGGUUCUGUUAAAUUAGAACAGAUGUGUCGUUUUCAAGAACUCUGAGCAAAAUGUAACUUUCUUUUUCAUUACAAAAAGAAAAAGAUUCAGUUAAAGUAGUCAUUAAUAAAUAAUAAAGUACUAAAGAACUGUUAGUAGACAUUAUAGUGACUCAACGGCUUGAACAACUAUUAUUAUUAAUCUGUGUAUUGCAUCAAGUCAUAGUUAAAAGACAGUAUAUUAUGGAAUUACUGUCAACAGCGGCAAUCAUACUCUGUUAACCAAAAGUGCUAACAAACCCAAAACCAUGACUUUUGUUAAUGCAACUUCAAAAUCAAAAUAGUGUUUUUUCUGCAGUGCUACAUGUGAUAUUGACGUCUCUUGUGUUGCUGCUUUCAUGCUAGCGUCUGAAAAUUAGCUUAAUUUAAAUCUCAGCUUGAAAACAGCCUUUAAUCGGCUUGGUCAGCUGUACAGCAAAAAAUAUCAAACAUUCCUCUUCUCCCUCAUGGGGUUUUAAAAUGUCCUAACGUAGAGAUCUAAACCCUAAAUAAGGUGUCCAGAUAGGCCAUGAUAUUUGUAAAAGUUCUCCUCUCUACUUUCUUCCCAACCCAUCCCCCUCUUUCCUUCAAAUUCCUUCUUGUGAAUGUGGGCAAAUGUGAAAACACAAAACAUGACUUAUACCUAAACAUGCGUGUGGUCACUUGAUGUUAAAAUCUCUCUAGAAGUUUGACUUACUGAAAUCAGCAAGAUGUAACCGGUGUACCUAUCUCUGUGUGGACGUGGUUCUCGUGUUGAUGUCUCUUUGCACUCUGUGAACACAGAGCGGCGAACAUGCGAACAUGUUCACACGUUCCGAGGGCGGAGCCUGCCGGGACCAGACCCUCAAAUAACAAAUGUUCUGUUAUUGCUUAUUUCAACAGUCCCAGCAGCUUUUUUUUUGAAGAGUUUUAUGAUUUGAUGAUUUUAACCUAACCAUUUGCGGUUGCCUAUGAAGGCCUUUAUAAAAUGGAAAUUAAUCUUUGAUUUUGGUUCAAUCUGAAAUUUGGUUCCUCAGUUUUGAGCCAGCCUCUGAAGCCGGUCACCUUACUCCGCUCUUUUAUCAGCUUCUGUCAGGAAUUUAAUUUGCCCAACAGUCUGCUGCUCAACUGAUUUUAACAGCUUGCUAAGGAGAAGAGCAAUUGGUAAAGGAACAGAAAUGGAAAAAAGAAGAGUAGAGCAAAUUGAGGGUCCACACAUUUUCAGAUUCCUGAUAUCCUGUAGACAAUGUGGCAGACUAUGCAGAUGACUCAAAGCUUUACUAUCCUACCUUCCUGCUGCUGCCCGCAUUACCCUGCUCAGACACUCAAACCAGAGCAGAAGAGUAUGCCUCGUUUUUAUUCUACACAAAACAAUGUUUCCUACCAAUGUGCUGCAGCAGCACGCUGCUGUUGUCGUUGUACAGUCAAGGUACGGUACAGUCAAUAUGUCCCAGUGAAGACUCUGUCCAGUUGAACUUGGUGUUCCUACUGCUGUGAAAUUGUGGAUAUUUCUCUGGUUCGGCCACUAUGUAUCAAACGUGAGUCUCUAGUUAACUUUUUCAAGACGUACUCAAUGUCCCUCAAGCUUUUCUCAUUCCAAAUUUGAUUUGUCCGCCCGUGUGUCGGUGGCCAUCGUAUGUAAAAAGAGACGAGCUGUCUCACACGCUUGCCUGACUUGCAUUGAAUCAGCUAACUCUAAAAUUGUGCCGCAAAUGUUCAAUGUAUUCAAACUGCCCGUCAAGUGUUUAUGGGGUACGCAAAGUUCAAAUGAAAAUAAGAUAUAUUUACUAAUACUCACCAUAAGUAUACAAAUGUUACUUAUGACCCUAAAAGAAUAUACCCAAAUGUCUUUAUUCUUUGACUUUUGUGUUGCUGGAUGAAAAACCUUAGAAGUAACAAAGGCACAUCAUUCGGUUUGAUCAGUUUAAGGAUGUCCAUGUAUUUUAGUCACUACACUAGUAUUCAAAGUGUCGACCUUCAUCCCAAAAAUCUUGUAGUUUAACUCUGAUUAUUUGCCCAAUCUGUGAUCAUCAUUUUUACACUUAAGCUAGUCCUGAUAUAAUCAUUUAUGGUUUGGUUUGACUUGUUUUAACAUGCAAUCUUCUUAAGAAUAAACAGUAUAUAGCCUAUAUUUUGAUAACUUCACUAAGUGUACUUUUUUUUUAAUGUGUAUUUGUUACUUUGGUCCCAGAUUGCAGUCCAUGUGUGUGAGUAACUCCUGUUUUAAAAGUGAGUGAGGCUAAUUGACAUGAAACAGGAAGCAGGGGAGAAGGAGCAUCGGCCAUCUUCAUCCUAACAGAUACUCACUGCAUGCUUUCUCUCUCUCGCUCCAUCUCUCGCUCUCCCUAUUUUGUUGUUGGUUUUUUUCAAUAUAUGUAUCUUAUUCUCAGCAGCAUGGAAAUGCUCUUAAUAAUUACAGUGACAACUUUAUGAACAUAAUAAAGCAUUUGAUGUUGUUUUUUUA